AUGAACGCAGAAAUAUCAUAUCGUCCGAGUCUCAUAACGACGACGAGUAAAGACAAUAAUAAUACUUCAUUGAUGUCGAAAAAAUGGGAGGAAGUCAAUUCUGGUUUGGUGUCCGGGAGCAAAUCCAUAGAAUCCCUCGUCACGGAGCAAAACAUUGAAAACAUCGAGAGAAAUCUGGGUGGAAGAGAGAGAACGUCGCGAGAAGGUUCUCUCACGGGUAUCAAAGAAGACAUAUACGGAGAGGAACCCGAAACGGAUGAGCCGGCCACGUAUAGAAUAGGUCGGACGAGACACAAUUCCAUCGUGGGAAUCGUAAACACUUUUAGAAAGGAAAAGAGAGGAUCGUCCGGCGGGAUUUUGGAUGAGAAAAGAGGGAGGAGAAAAUCGUGGCAAGCGAGAUUCACUCAUUUGCCGAAAGAGAAAUUCGGUAAGGGUGAUAGGAAAAGGAAACAGGGAUCGGGAGGAGAUGGUACCACGACCGGAAAUGAUUCAUGCGAAACUUCGGAAGGUUCGGCAAAAAUUUCACCGCCCAUUUACGAUAGAGUCAAGAGAAAAUCCUGGUGGAACAUUUUUGUCCCCGAUGAUUUUUCAUCCAAGGAAGGAAAGAAUGAAAGAAAUUUAAUUCCGGUAUCCAAAGGUAUUGAAUAUUAUGGGGCACCGUCGUUUAAUAAAUUUAUUGAUGUUUACUAA